AUGUUGAGAACACUCGAGCCCGUCCGAGCUCGGGUGGCCAUCCGCCCGCUCCCCUGCGGCGCCCACAGACUGCAGCUCCACGUCCAAGUAUCGCAUUCGAGACUGGCUUCCGCGCCAUUCAGAGCCACAGCCACGGUCGUCCUUCCUUCAAUUCACCAUGCGCGGUAUCAAUCGCUUUCGGGAACCGGCGGUCACCAUGGCCAAGCGCCGCCUCCUCCUCCGCCGCCGCCCCCGCGACCCUCCUUCGGCCGCCUACUCCUGCGCGUCGUCGGCGGCAGCUUCAGAAACCUCUUCUCGGCAUUCCGCGGCCGGAACCUAAAGACGCUCUACCGCCAGAACCCCGAGGAACUCGUCCUCGCACUCGCCAUCCUCGCCGCCUUCAUCUUCAUCUUCGCCUACGUCGUCCGCAUCUACUUCACCUACUUCUACUCGCGCCAGUUCACGCGGUACCCGGCCCCCGUCGCCAAGUCGCUCCGCCGCGCCCUCUACUUCAGCAACUACUCGCCCGACCCGCCGCGCGCGCUCAAGUACUACAAGCUAGCUCUGGAGCAGUGCGAGGAGCUGCGCAUGGACCCCUUCUCCGACGACGUCAUGGGCAUCAAGAUCCAGCUGGCCGCGUGGCUCGAGCAGACGCAGAACUUCAGGGGCGCCAUCAAGAUCCUCGAGGUACUCCUCGGCGACUGCAGGCGCUGGGUCGAGGUCAUGGAGAAGAGCGCCAGGGACGGCACGCUGCCCAAGCCCGCCGCGCCGCCGCCGCCCGCCGCUCUCCCUGCCGCCGCAGACAGAGGCGGCUCUGCGAACGGACAGGAGCAACAGGCUACCGACGUCCCGGUUGAGACCAUGUGGGGCAAGAGGGCAAGACUGCUUGGGAAGGCUGUCGGUAUCAGCGUCAAGCUGGGCGAGCUCUACUCGGACGAGCAUGUCCUCGAGUACGACCUGGCACACGAGCGGCUGACAUGGUCAGUCGAAACGGCCCUCAAGGAGCAGCAGCGAAGGAAUACAGAGGGCACCAAGGAUGGCGAAGGGAAGUGGAUGAGCCCCGAAGAGAUCGGCGGCGCUCUCGAAGCCCUCGGUCACAGCUACGAGUCGCGGUCGCAGUUCCACCUCGCGAUCCCCUUGUUCUUUCAGGCGCUCAACCUCUGCCGCGACCCUUGUCACAGCGCCGUCUUAAUGAACAACCUCGCCGUCUCCUACGCCCAGCACCCGGUCCUCGCCCCGGGCCAGGCGCUAGCGGGCAGCACAGCCUCCGCCCCAGCAGCAGCAGCAGCCGCCGGUGCAACAGUCCAGCCGGCCGAGCUGACGGUGCCCCAGGCCAGGGACCGGAGCGAGUACGUCGAGUCGGCCCGAAGGUGGGCGCAAAACGCCCGCAGGCAGGCCAGGGAGCCCCAGGGCGAGCUGCGGACGCCGGAAUGCGACCAGGCGUGCGCCGUGGCGCUCUGCACCCUGGCCGACGUCGAGGCGCUGUCCGGCCGCCCCAGCGAGGCGCGCAGGCGGUAUCUCGAGUGCGCCGAGCUCAGCAAGAAGAUCGGCUUUGACGCGGGCGUGAGCCAGGCCCAGGCUGGCCUGCGCAAGCUCCCCAAAUGA